CGCGUGCGCGGCGCGGUACCGCAGCGCCCGGCCCGGCGGUGAGAACCGGGGCGGCGGCCCUGGGGAAGCCAGUACGUGCCUGACACCGGGGAAGACGAUGAAGCUGUAGAGAUGCUUCCCUACGUGAUUGCCACCCUCGGCUCGGCGGGGGCCACCUGCAAAACCUCCACAUGCAACAACAGCACCAAGGACUACUGCUACAGUGCCCGGAUCCGCAGCACUGUGCUGCAGGGGCUGCCCUUCGGAGGGGUGCCCACUGUCCUAGCCCUUGAUUUUAUGUGCUUUCUCGCACUGUUGUUUGUCUUUUCAAUUUUGCGUAAAGUUGCUUGGGACUAUGGACGCCUGGCCCUGGUGACUGAUGCUGACAGGCGCCGACGCUGGCAGACGGAGCGAGAGGAGCGGGAAUACGUAGCCUCCGCCCUGCAUUCUGACAACCAUGACCGCUAUGAGCGCCUCACCUCCGUCUCCAGCUCUGUGGACUUCGACCAGAGGGACAACGGUUUCUGCUCCUGGCUGACAGCCAUCUUCAGGAUAAAGGAUGACGAGAUCCGGGACAAGUGUGGGGGUGAUGCGGUCCACUACCUGUCCUUCCAGAGGCACAUCAUCGGGCUGCUGGUGGCUGUGGGUGUGCUCUCCGUGGGCAUCGUGUUACCUGUCAACUUCUCAGGGGAUCUGCUAGAAAACAACGCCUACAGCUUUGGGAGGACAACUAUUGCUAACCUGAAUUCUGGGAAUAACCUGCUGUGGCUGCACACAUCUUUUGCCUUCCUGUACCUGCUGCUGACAGUGUACAGCAUGCGCCGGCACACCUCCAAGAUGCGCUACAAAGAGGAUGACUUGGUUAAGAGAACUCUCUUCAUUAAUGGGAUCUCAAAAUAUGCUGAGCCAGAGAAGAUCAAGAAGCAUUUUGAGGAGGCCUACGCCAACUGCACUGUCCUGGAGGCCCGUCCCUGCUACGACGUGGCCCGGCUGAUGUUCCUGGAUGCAGAGAGGAAGAAAGCAGAGCGUGGCCGAAUCUACUUCACCAACCUGCAGAGCAAGGAGAACACCCCAUCCAUGAUCAACCCCAAGCCCUGUGGCCACCUGUGUUGCUGUGUCAUCAGAGGCUGUGAGGAGGUGGAGGCCAUCGAGUACUAUACCAAGCUGGAGGAGAAACUCAAAGAUGACUACAAGCGGGAGAAGGAGAAGGUGAAUGAAAAGCCUCUGGGGAUGGCCUUUGUCACCUUCCACAAUGAGACCAUCACAGCCAUAAUCCUCAAAGAUUUCAAUGCUUGUAAGUGCCAGGGCUGUGCAUGCCGUGGGGAGCCCAGGGCCUCCUCCUGCAGCGAGUCCCUCCACGUCUCCAACUGGACCGUCAGCUAUGCCCCUGACCCACAGAACAUCUAUUGGGAACACCUCUCUAUCCGGGGCUUCAUCUGGUGGAUCCGCUGCCUCGUGAUCAAUGUGGUCCUCUUCAUCCUUCUCUUUUUCCUCACCACCCCUGCUAUCAUCAUCACCACUAUGGACAAGUUCAAUGUCACCAAGCCUGUGGAGUACCUCAAUAAUCCUAUCAUCACCCAGUUCUUCCCCACCCUGUUGCUGUGGUGCUUCUCUGCUCUGCUGCCCACCAUUGUGUAUUACUCUGCAUUCUUUGAAGCGCACUGGACCAGAUCUGGAGAGAACAGGACAACCAUGCACAAGUGUUACACCUUCCUCAUCUUCAUGGUCUUGCUGCUGCCAUCACUGGGCCUGAGCAGCUUGGAUGUGUUUUUCCGCUGGUUGUUUGACAAAAAGUUCCUUGCCGAAGCUGCUGUACGAUUUGAGUGUGUGUUCCUGCCAGACAACGGGGCCUUCUUUGUCAACUAUGUCAUUGCCUCUGCCUUCAUCGGGAAUGCCAUGGACCUGCUGCGCAUCCCCGGGUUGCUCAUGUACAUGAUACGGCUCUGCCUGGCCCGCUCAGCUGCGGAGCGGAGGAAUGUCAAACGACACCAGGCCUACGAGUUCCAGUUUGGGGCUGCUUACGCAUGGAUGAUGUGUGUCUUCACUGUGGUCAUGACAUACAGCAUCACCUGCCCCAUCAUCGUCCCUUUUGGGCUCAUGUACAUGCUGCUUAAGCACCUGGUGGACCGAUACAACUUGUAUUAUGCUUACCUGCCUGCCAAGCUGGACAAGAAGAUCCAUUCAGGGGCUGUGAACCAGGUGGUGGCAGCCCCCAUCCUCUGCCUCUUCUGGCUUCUAUUCUUCUCCACCAUGCGCACAGGGUUCCUGGCCCCCACUUCCAUGUUCACCUUUGUGGUCCUUGUGAUCACCAUUGUGAUCUGCCUGUGUCACGUCUGCUUUGGGCACUUCAAAUACCUCAGCGCUCACAACUACAAGAUUGACCACACGGAGGUGGACGCUGUAGAAAACAGGCAGAAUGGGAGACCUGCCACCAGUCUGCCGGCUCCCAAAUCAGCUAAGUACAUCGCCCAAGUGCUGCAGGACUCCUCACCGGAGGGCGAAGCAACAGAGUCAGAGGAGCAGGGCUCACAGGAUGAAGAGCUCAUCAAUGCAGAUGGCAUGAACGACACGGAUUUCCAGUCGUGUGAGGACAGCCUCAUAGAGAACGAGAUCCACCAGUAGGGACCUCGGAGGGUGGGAGGGGAAGGAGGCCCAGGAGCAGGGCAGGCUGUGCACAUGGAGACCUAGGGAGAGGCACCCAAGGGUGCUGGCUGCUGCCCUUGCCCACCUGCCCCCCGGGGGCUGCUGCCUUCAGUGGGGGCAGGAGCCCUGUCACAAGCUCUCCAUUUCCCUGCCCUUCCACCCUGCGCUGGCCCGGCAGCUCGGCGGGCAUGCUCUUUUACUAGCUACCUUCUUCAAUGUGUCCCCAGACCCCAAAACCCCAGGGGCUGGGGAGAAGGGGGACUCUGACCUCCAUGGUGCUGCUCUGGACCUGCAGGGAGGAGGAAGGCUGGGUGAGCUGUGGGGAGGGGCACAAGGGGAACCUUUGGGGUCUUCUCAGCAGGCCCCUCUGUCCCCCUUCCUCCUGGCAGGAAACACUAAUAAUUUAUUAGACUUGCAGGAAAAUGAUGAACUAAAAGCUUUAGUCAGUGUAUGGGAAGCCCCACCUGGGGGGGGUGCCUUCUGUUGCACCUUCUCCCCUUGCUUGCACGUGCCCUUUCUCAACCCCUUGCAGCACCCACCCGUGGUGUGACAUGCCAGGAGCUGGGCCAGGCACUGGGGUGGUGACAGACAUCCCCCCCAUGGGGAAGGGGCCAGCCUGGCCUCAUGGUCAAGGGUGGCACUGCUGUGGGGAAGGAACGUGAGCCAGGCAGCCCCUUGCAGGGUGAGGGGUGCUGAGGGCAGGAGGAGGCGCAGGCAGCCUCUCCCCCAGGUCCUGUCCCCUCCUCCCCAGGGGUGCAGGCAGGUCAUUUUAAGUGGCAUUUUACUCCCCUUUCAAACAAAUCAACCAGACCCCUGUUUGGUACUAUGGCCCCCUUUGCUGCUCUGCGUCUGCACAGCAGGGUCAGGUCUCAGGGGCAGGGGUACUGUGCUGGGGGGUCUCCUGGGUGCUAGGGAGAAGGGGUCCUGGACCACAGGCCCUCAGCACCCUGUGGGGCCACCUCUGCCUGGUUUCAGUGGGGCCCCAUGGGCUGCUUUCCCUGAGCUGUUGCAGGGUCUUGGCCCAGCUGAGGAGUUCAGAGAGGGAGGGAGCCCUGGGAGAGCAGCCCCUGGGAGCCCUCUCUGAGCAAGACCACAACUUCAGGAGCACAGAAGCUUCCUGGGGCUGUGCUGGCUUCCUUCAGCUGCCCUGACUGGGUGUAGGCUCCCCUGCCAUCACCCAGCCUGAGAGAGGGGGGCUAUUCCUGCCCUACCUCUGCCCUUGACCCUUUCCUGGUUGUAGCUGUGUCCCAGAGGCAGGAAGGGGACAGGUUGGAUGGGAGAGGUGGAUUGGAGCCCCUCACACCUGCAGGAAGGUCUGACCCUGUUUAAAGGCUCUUCAAGAGAAGGUUUCUGGACAGGAUCAGUUACCCUCAAUUGCUUACCCCUUCCCCUUGUGUAAAAUGUAAAGGAAAAUAAUAAAUCUCCCUGCUAUUGAGCUAUA